UUAAAAAAAAAGGCAAAAGACCCAACGAAGUGCGCAAGCCAACUUAUCCCUUCUCUCAAAAGCUCUCCAUACAUCCACCCUUGUUUAUAUUUCUUCCCAGUAAGCGAAGCUUGUAGCAGACGGUGUCACCUGUUCUUGAUCGUGCUGCCGAAAGACCGUCAGCCUCCUUUUCAUCUACAUGUCUUUUUUUAAAGACCGCUAGCGCUUUCAUUGGCUGGUUGACGGGAGUGGUGGGCGUGGUUUGUCGCCCCAGGGAAAGGAGGCGUGGUCAAGGCGCUGAUGGGUCGCGGCAAUGCCGGCGAGUGACAGGUCGCGUGCCGGGGCUCGAGAAGCGAGAGAAAUUCCACCCCACCCACCCACCUUCCUUUCCGAGUACGGGCACUGGGUUUCACUAAUGCUAUAUGAAUCAUAUUGUCUGCUUGCUAUGCUAGCUGGCCCAGCCUUCAGCCUCUCAUGUCCUGCUACUCGCUCGUGGGGACUGCCCGGGCCAUUCAAACAUUUUGAUCUCGGCAACGUCUCGUCACAAGAAGGGGGCUCGUCAUAUUUCUCACGACCGCUGGCUGGGCUACCUCCGAGACAACCCUUCAAUCCAAGAUGUUGUGCACCACGUGUGACACCAAUAAGUUUCAGAAAAAUAUCUAUCCAUAAUUGAAAACUCGGGAGUAGAAGAAGGUCGCCACAAGAAGUGUUCCCGAGCAAAAGAGAGGAGGAGGCAGACCCUGACAUUACGCACGUGAAUUUCUGCCAUUUGCGAGGAGGAGUAAAGAGGAGGUGGAGGUUGUUGUUGUGGUGGUGGUGGUGGCAGUUUUGGUGGUGGUGGUGGGGUGAGGACGAGUUGAAAGUCGAGCGACCCAUGUGGGCCCAAGCUUUCGUGUCAACGUGUCGUUGUGGUGUGAGGAGGCUGCGUGUAGCGGGUGGGCAGCUGACGACGGCGGAUGGCGUCCAAGACAUCGAGAUGCUCGUCGCCGGCGAUUAAGGCCUCUACAGGUCACGUGGACUAGAAUUCUCGCCUCAGCGGUCAUUGAUGGUUGAGGACUGGGUCAUUAAGACCAUGUAUGCUACGAAACGGCGUCGACGAACAGUGAAAAGCGUCAAGGCACCGGUCAAAGAGCCGCCCAAGAGCAACCCCAGCAAGCGGCACCGCGAGCGCCUGAACUCUGAACUCGACCACCUGGCCAGCCUCUUGCCCUUCGAGCAGAGCGUCAUCUCCAAGCUGGACAAGCUGUCCGUCCUCAGGCUGGCCGUCAGCUACCUCAGGACCAAAAGCUACUUCCAGUCCGUUUUGCCUGCCAGGUAUGGAAUCGAAAGCCACCUUAUGUCUAGGGCACACCUGUUCCACGAACCCAACUUUUCCGAAGGAGACAGCGUGCUGCAGGCUCUGUACGGAUUCAUCUUCGUCGUAACGUGCGAUGGAGAGGUAUUCUUCGCCUCCAGAACUGUAGAGCAGUACCUUGGCUUCCACCAGUCCGACAUCAUCCACCAGAGCGUAAUGGAGCUGAUCCACUCGGAGGACAGGGAGGAGUUUAAGAGGCAGCUCACCUGGAACGCCAUGUUGCCGCAAGAAAAAUCUAACAUUCCUCUUCAUGAAGUUAUGCUUCCAGAGAACAUCCAGCAUCUUCACCGUUCCUUCACUGUCAGGUUCCGGUGUCUCCUGGAUAACACAUCUGGAUUCAUCACGCUGGAGUUAAACGGGUGGAUAAGGGUGCUGCAUGGCCAAAGCCCUCGAGCUGAAGAUCCUCAACUCGCUCUCUUUGCCACGUGUUCGCCCUUUGGUCCUCUUUCACUCUUUGACAUACCGUCCAGGGAGCUCACCUUCAAAAGCAAACACAAGAUGGACUUUUCCUCGAUCACCAUGGACAACAGGGGAAAGAUGAUGUUCGGUUUUUCUGAGCACGAGCUCUCCUCCAAAUCCGGAUAUGACAUCAUACAUCCGGAUGACCUGUGCUACUUUUCCUCAGCACAUCAGGAACUAAUCAAGACAGGAAGCUCAGGGCUGAUUGCCUACCGCUGGUUGACCAAGGACUGGCGCUGGAUGUGGCUGCAGUCCAGCUGCAAAGUCAUCUACAAGAACAGCAAGCCGGACUUCAUCAUCUGCACUCAUCGCCAGCUGACCGAUGACGAAGGCCAGGACCUGUUCACCAAGAGAGGGAACGAGUUCAAGCUGCCCUACCCUCUUUUAGACCUCGACAUGUGCACUGGCUUUGGGUUUGGCGACGAAGACCUCGGGGCAAAGUCCAAGUCAAACAAAAGCAAGAAAAAGGGAGGGCAGGGCAAAGACUGUGGCCAGAACGGGAAGAAGCGAAAGGGGGGUGCCACGCCCACCCCCGCCGGCUGCAUCAUCAACGGCAUCGCCAACUAUGGGACGCACUAUCCGACCUUCAACGCCUACGAAGCACCCGCCACCGACUUCAAAGCCGCCGACUUCCUGUACCCGUAUGGCUCCAACAGCUACUCGCUCGAACCCGAUCUGUACCGCUCGCACGGUUACGGAGCUUUCACGCCGUCAGUGUACCACCCUGUGGACACGUACAGGUUGGAUUCAACCGACAAACACGGCCUCUCCAACGGGUACUUCCCGGACCACAGACAAUACCAGCUACCCCUACCUUACGGCAGCAACGCCUACUCUGACGUCAUGGGGGCGUCCGCCAAGUACGGGUACGAUGUGCCGAAAUACGGCCUUGACACCUACAGCCUUGACCUCACCAAGAGGAUGGGGAUGGGGGAGGAUGUGACGCUCCCCCACCCGUCACACCCUCCGCCCCCGCUUCACGCGGCCUCACACAUGGAAGCCGCGGACGGGAGGGGGAAGUUCGUCCAUGAGUUCCAUCCCCAGCAUGACAGAUACACACCCCGGGUGAACGGCUCGGGUCUCGAGCCUGUGGACCUUCGAUCGCCCAUGUUCGGGCCGACCUCGUUCAUGAACACUGUCGAGGGGUCGGUGGCUCCUCCAUGUGUGCCUCCGGCGCUGUUCAAAGGCGUGCAUCACAGUUCUGCCCCAGUGGGUGGCCCUCAGGCACCUCCUCCUCCACCGCCGCCCUCAAACCUUCUGACCAAGGAUCCCAAGCUGGACAAGUCUCUGUCGGUCAUGACAUCGUCCGCGUCGUCUCUCUCGGCAUUGCCUCCCUUGCCAUCAGCUGACCUCAUGCCGGCCAUGACGCUCAGCCACAACACCGUCAUCAAGAGCACUUCCGGCCUCCACGACCCCGGCGUCACGCACAUGCACCUGAACGUCAGCACCGCCUCCCUGACGCUGGGGUCCGGUGGCGCUCAGACGCCACCCAGCGUGCCCCACACGCACCCUCUCACCCGCCACCACCCGUCCAAGGCGUGUGACGUCAGUGCGGGUUCUCCCUGGAACGUGUGCCCCGCCGGGAUUCACGUGGGCAGCGGGAACGGGGCAAACGGCGGAGUAGGGUUGGGGACCCCCAACACGGUUACCAGCCCCUGUCGUCAGCAAGACCUCAGGGAGGACAUGGGGGUCGGGGUGCACAUGAACGGUACGCAGGAAGACCAUCAUACCCAUGGUAACUCCAGUCCCAAAACUGCCGGCAUCCCAGCCUCCGUCAUCCAGUCCAGGAUAUGCGAAAAACAACCUGCUGGGAUCCCAGUUCCAGUGGUGAAGUCCUCAUCCACCUGGCUUCAACACUUCAAUAACAACAAUAACAACAACAGUCACAGUACGGCGAACAAUAACUCUGCCAAUGGAAGCCUUUUACAUCUGACAACUGCGGAGAGGGACUGGGGGCCGACCCAGGAUUAUUUCUCCAAGUCCUUCCGCGGCCAUCUCGGUGAUAAUUACCAGAAUAUUAAGGUGGAUGUUCUCUAGCCGUGUCCAGACCAGCGCCACCACGUGACCAGAGGCACAUCGUCGAAGCAGCGUCCACGACGCUCUCCUCCAGGCAAGAGAUCUCUCAGCACAGGAGGGACAAACCUUCAAACGGUUGCAGGAGUCUCUCGAACCUUCGCACGCUCUGCUGCACAGCGCCGCCAGCCUGUCCUGCAAGCAGUCUGUGACGCGGGACGACGGACUGGACGCACGCGAUGUCAUUCUCAGGCAAAGACUCGACCACAGAUGGGAUCUUCGAAAAUGAUGUUCUGGCCCUUGUCGAACGUUUUGACCAAGCUUGGAUGAAAGUCACAGGACACCAAUGAUGUUUAUUCGGGGGAGGGGUAGGUGUUGAUAAACGUUCGGAACAUUUAACCGUUGAUGAACAUGCCGAGCAAAGUCCAUGUUUAUAUGCCAAUACAUUGCCAAUACAUUUACAAAUAUUAUGGGAGGUUGUGACAAUCGGGGGCUUACCCCGGUUAGGAACGGCCUUUAUACAAAUCUGACGGCGGUUUUUCGAAGAUGACGUCACAAAACUGGGAAGCUGACGUCUUUAAACUGCAAAGUGUGAAUGUGAACUGCGCUCACUCUUUGCUGACUGCGCUCUAAGACGGUUUUCACCAGUAAAUUUUUCUAGCGUGCACGUGACUCUUCAGCCAAAGACAGUUCCACUCCAGGUUGCUCUAGCACCCCGACCAUGGCGUACCUCUGAUUGGUCCUGCACAGUCGUAGCCAAGAUGGCGUCUUCGAGAACAUUCAAUACGGACGCAGUUGAGCUGUAGCUAUGAAGACGUUCGCAUUCCCGGGUGCGAACUGUGUUAGCAAGGCGAGCACCCGAUGUCACAUGAUGCUAUUGAGCAAGUUGGUGUGUUUAACCAGACCAUCCUUACAUUUAAAGCUGUUAAGGCUUGAUGUACCGUGAUCAAACAGAUUUUGAUAUACCUUGUUUAACACGUAGUUACUUCCUCGGUCCAAGGAGCCAAGGGUCCAAGUCCAUCCACGGCCAUGGACCUCAACUGCACGUGUGUUCGACACGAGAUACUAGAGACACGUGACCACUUCUCGCGGCUUGUCUCGGAGGCCAAUGAUUCCAGUCACGGACAUCGUCCAUCCACGCAACAAGCUUAUUCUGUCUCAUACGUGAGUCUGGUGAGGAAGACAGGUCAGAAACGAGCAGAAAAGACAGUUAAAGCAGAGAAAAGGAAAGAAAAAUUUUAAUUGUUUUGGUAUGGAGUGCACCGAGUUCGAGGCUCUAUGAGUGCGUUGAAGUUUGACUCUGCUCGUGCACCUGACAUUGAAAACAAAUAUACCUAACGUCCAGUUCUUCUAGGUUGCUAGGUAACAUCUGUAAUGCAGAAAUAAAUCAAAUAUGGUGGAGCACAUUUAGGCAACACCAAGGUCCAGGGGUGAGGCCAAAUACAGUUCCCUGUCUCGUUUUUCCGUUCAUAAAAUUGUUUGUUCGCCCGUUUGACAUUGUUGUGAAGUGACAGGCACUGUUCAACGAAUGAGAACGAGACACCAGUGGGUUUGUUGAUUUGUUUUACAGCUUCACUUUUUUUUCUGCGAUCGUUUUCCUAAUCUUCAAACGUGCUUAAUUAUUUUUCUAAGUUUUGUUUUGCUUCAGUUGUUAUUUCUGAAAAAGCGUGUUACAAUCCUCGUGAAGCUUUCUUACAUGUAUGAGUCUCUGUACUUCUCUGUUUUCUUCUCUCUCUCUCUCUCUCCCUCAUCUCGUCCUUAUCUUCCUUCUUAUCCCCUUUCCGCAUUCGUCCUCUCCGUAGUACUUCCCUCAUUUAUUCACACUUCUCUCAUUCUCGCUUUCACUUUUCUCUGCCUUCCUUCUAUAUUGAACUUACCUGAGUGCGUGUCUAUACCAGAGGUGAGCAUAUAUCGUGUGUGUAUACUCGUGCGUGCGUCUGUGUUCGUCUUACCCGAGUUUGUGAGGAUGCUUGCGUGUGAAUGUGCAUACACGUACUUGAAAGAUACCAAAAAAAUGCGAUUUCAGAAACCAAUGUCGUCAAAGAUAUGAGAAACAAAAAUGCAAGUUAUCCCAGACCUGAUGUUCAUCCAGCGACCUCCGCCUCCAUCUCCCAUCAGUUUACGUGGAAUCUUUUCAAAAAUUCGAUCACUCUAACGAAUUCUGACAACAACCGCCACAUGGUCACAUGAAUAAAUGCACGUGCGAGGAAGUCGAUGCUCUUACACAAUAGACAGAGGUUUAUAUAACAAGAGCCAAACGGGGAGAAACAGAUUCUGAAAGUUUGAACUUAGCUUUAUUUCACCUGGUCUCCAUUUUCCUUUUCCUUCUCUUCAUUUUCUUUAAAGUUAGUCAGCAGUCUUCCCACCCACCACCCCAGCAAGUUGUACAUUCACCGUGGCAUCGCUCUGUGUUGCGUUGUUCAAAGUUUAUUUCUGACAAUUGUUAUCCAAAUGUGCUGUUCGUCAAAUAAAGUAAACACAACUCUCUCCCUUUUAUUUUCUAGAACCAGUAUUUCUUGAACUGUUCAACGUUUGUAUGCUUUAAAGCCACAAUCGUUGUCUUACGUUUAGGAACAUUUAUUUUAAAUUAAUAGAAAGGCUAGAUAAAUAAUUUGUGUUCAUUUGAUUGUUGUAUAUUAUUGGGUUGUAGGUCUGUUUUGCAGUUGGAUUAUUUUUAUUUUCUAGAAGAAAGGAUGUACUAUGCAGAUUCAAUCUCUGUCCAGAACAUUUUUAUUUACUUCGCAAGUUAGAAUGUAAACUGAAAAAUGAGACAGUAAAUGCAAUCAUAUUGCUAAAUAUAAUGUUCUGAAAGAGAGGCUCUGACAAAUUUGUCUUUCAAACAUUUGGGUUAGACGGGAGGUACAAGUGCGAAGAAUCGUCGUCGUCCAGUUUGAUGACACUCGAACACUUAGCGUCUUUGCAACAUAGGAAAACACUGAGUAAUAGAAAGCUCAGUAUAUUUCAAACAUAUUUGUCUGUAUUACUGGAGACAAAACAACUUCAAAACAAGAAGAAAAACAUUUUCAACAAUUUUUUUCUUUUCUUUUUUUUUUCUCUCUUCUCUAUAGUAUCCUUCUCUCUUAACAAUGGCCAUGAUGAAAUGAAAUUGUUUCUCACUGACAUAACAAAGUUUCUCUAACUGUCAAGAGUUUGUAAAUCAGAGCAUUUCUAAAUUGUCAAAGUUGUGACAUGUGGGGCAAGACAGCUCCCUGGUCCUUGCAAUGCCUGACCAAAGCCAAUCCAUCUAGCUGUUGUGGCCAUCAUGAUCUCUAACUAGGGUUACUCCAUGUUCUCAGUCCGACAUUGUCCAUGCUCCUAUUUUCCAUGAAGACAGAGGGUUGCUUUAACUUCAAAUGUGACUUUCGGAACUGGAGGAGAAAGUGCAGCAAUUCUGUCAGCCUCAUCGUCACAACCUUCAUCGGUGUUCUCAUUGUCUUGGAAGAAAUUGUUAAGGUGUAAGCGGGUCAGAAAUCCUGAUGUCCCACUCUGAGACUGUGAAAUAGAGGAACAGCCAUAGACUCGAACUGCGGUCCCACCAGUUUCUGUAAAUAUGGUUCUUGUAACUUAUAAUGCAUCUUCUUUUGUACAUACUGUAAUCUUUGCGAGUCUGUUGUGAUUAUGAUAUUAAAAUACAUUGUCUACUUGC